AUGAGCGUCUCAAUCGGUGACAAAAUCGAGGAUUUUAAGGUCCUCACCCUCCUUGGCAAAGGCUCUUUUGCGUGUGUCUACCGAGCAAAAUCAGUCAAGACUGGUGUGGAGGUGGCUAUCAAAAUGAUUGACAAAAAAGCCAUGCACAAAGCUGGGAUGGUUCAGCGUGUGACAAACGAGGUGGAGAUUCACUGCCGACUCAAACAUCCUUCUAUACUUGAGCUCUACAACUACUUUGAGGACAGCAACUAUGUGUAUUUGGUGUUGGAGAUGUGCCACAAUGGAGAGAUGAGUCGGUAUCUUAAAGAGCGAAAGACGCCUUUCUCUGAGGAUGAAGCAAGACAUUUCAUGCAUCAGAUAAUGAAAGGAAUGCUGUAUUUACAUACUCAUGGCAUCCUGCACCGUGAUCUGACCCUGUCCAACCUUCUGCUGACGAGCAACAUGAACAUUAAGAUAGCAGAUUUUGGCCUCGCUACUCAGCUCAAGCUUCCAAAUGAAAAGCACUUCACCAUGUGCGGGACUCCCAACUACAUCUCCCCAGAGGUGGCAACCCACAGUGCACACGGCCUGGAGUCGGACGUGUGGUCACUGGGGUGCAUGUUCUACGCCUUCUUGAUGGGCCGCCCCCCGUUUGACACGGACACAGUCAAGCACACUUUGUCUAAGGUGGUUCUCGGGGACUAUGAGAUGCCGACGCAUGUUUCUUUAGAAGCUCAGGACUUGAUCCAUCAGUUGCUGCAGAAAGACCCCGCCCUGCGGCCCAGCCUCUCCGCAGUUCUGGACCACCCAUUCAUGACCCAGAGUCCACUGGUCGGGACCAAAGAGCCAAGGCUGGGGGAUGAUGGGUCCAUAGACAGCGGCAUUGCUACCAUCUCAACCGCUUGCACCUCCUCCACCUCUGCUGGUAGCGGCACCCGACUCCAAAGGCGAACCAAGCACGUGAUUGGUUCAGCUCUGCCCAAUCGCAUGUUGCCAAGUCUUCAACGCCAACCUAACAGUGCCUGCUUUGAGGAAGGGGACCAGAGGCAUCGACAUCAGGCGCCAGACAUUUUGUACAGAGACGGCAGGAGCAGAGUUGUUUAUGGUGGGGAGGGUGGUCAGCCUCAUUCCCGCUUCCUGAGGCGGGCUCAUUCAUCAGAUCGCUGCGGUGCAACCCCAGCAGGACAGACUUCAGCUGAGCUGGGGAGAUGUCAUUCAGAGGAGACUCUGGCCAGUGUCGGACUCCCCAUCUUCCCCACCUCCUCUACUCCACAAACAUUUUCAGAGCAUGGCAGGCUUCCUUCCCCUCCUGUCAAACAAUCUGCAAAUUCUGGUUAUUUAACAACAGAAAUGAUACACCCACCAAACUUACAAUAUCAGGACAUGGAGGGAGUUUCUAACUGGCUUAAUAAUGAAGCUCUUGGACAGAGGCCCACCGACAGCAGCACUCACAGCGAUAGUGGCAGCUUCCACAUCAGCAGAGGACCUUUAGGAGGUCCCAGUUCCUGGUCAGAGCCCAUGGGUCGAGGUGUGCACCCUCACCACAACCAGCACCACCUGCAUAACCAGCUUCCCCCCAACCUCGACUCAUACAGAGAGAACACACCUGGAGCAGAGUUCCAGCCUCCUCACAGCAGGGACUUAAAGCUUCCUUCAUCCAAACUCACUACAGACAAGAAGAAAACACUGAGAGACGUAGUCCCGCCUCUGUGUGCGUCCAGACUCAAGCCUAUCAGACAGAAGACCAAAAACGCAGUUGUGAGCAUCCUGGACUCUGGUGAAGUGUGCAUGGAGUUGUUAAAAUCCCAAACUGGGCAAGAAAGAGUCAAAGAAGUCCUACAGAUUUCCUGUGAUGGUUCAAUGGUGACAAUUUACCAGCCCAACGAUGGAAAGGGUUUUCCUGUGCUGGACUGCCCUCCAGCUCCACCAGAAGAUAUUCUCAUCUGCAGCUACGAAGACCUUCCAGAAAAAUACUGGAAGAAGUACCAGUAUGCCUCCAAGUUUGUGCAGCUUGUGAAGUCCAAGACACCUAAAGUAACACUUUACACUAAAUAUGCUAAAGUGAUGCUGAUGGAAAACACCCCCAAUGCAGAUCUUGAAGUUUGUUUUUAUGAUGGAGCGAAAACCCACAAAACGUCCGAACUGGUGCGAGUUGUGGAAAAGAGUGGGAAGUCAUACACUGUGAAGGGGGAGGUAGGGCUGAGCGGCCUCAGUCCAGAAAGCAGGAUGUAUGUGGAGUUAUCUGAUGAAGGCCACAGCUUGUGUUUGUCACUAGAGGCCGCCAUCACAGCAGAGGAGCAGCGGAGCGCCAACAAAGUUCCUUUCUUCCCCAUCUCCAUUGGCAGGAGACCUACCAGCUCAGACUCUCCAUCCUUAGUGCCUGCGCCUUCGCAGCAGGUGCCUCUUGAUGUAGUGUCACCUCCUAAACCUCCACAAAUCACUCCUUCAAUGAUAUCCUACGAUGGCUCUGAUUUCACCACAGCCAGCCUGAGUAAGAAAUGCUCUCCGCUGCAGCCAGACCUGACUCAGAGCACAGGGAAGGUGGUGAAGUCCAUAUUUGUGCCCAAUGUUGGAUGGGCAUCCCAGCUGACGAGUGGGGAGGUGUGGGUGCAGUUUAAUGACGGCUCUCAGCUGGUGGUUCAAGCAGGAGUUUCCUGCAUCACGUACACGUCUCCAGAAGGGAGGAUAACCAGGUAUAAGGAGAACGAGAAGCUGCCAGAGCACGUCAAGGAAAAGCUGCACUGUCUCUCGUCGAUUCUCGGACUGCUGGCGAACCGAUCAGCACGUCACCUCCCGGCUCAUUAAACACUUGAAAGUAGCAUUAGUUCCCUGUGUGACCUCAUCGGUCUGCUGUCCCUGUAAAUAUACCUUCUAUGUGUUGGUCAGUUUUACGUGUACAGAGGAUUAUGAAGAGUUUUAUUUUUUUAUAACCUGACUGUUGUAUAGUGUCUAAAAUAGCUGUUAGAAGUUUCCUUUUUUUAUUUCCUAUGAACUGCGACUGAUGGAUGUGGAUACAAGAAACAUCUGGA